CAGCAGGUCAUGUGAUCAGAACGUAGCGUCAGCCGCUCCGACGUCAUGACGCGCUGUUGACGCCGCUGUGGCAGUGGACUGUGCUUCCCUGACUGUAAUUUCCUCCAGAUUGUUUUUGCCAGGAGAGUUUUUCUCUUAGUGCGGAUGACAGUCCGUGAAGGACAAAGGCCCCUUACAUGUAGUGUUAGCCGUCGAAGAAUCGACUCCAUGGAGGUCGUGGACAGCCCGCUGAAUCUGGCUCAUCAGCAGUGUAGGAAGGCAGACCGUUUGCUGGCGGCUGGAAAGUAUGAAGAGGCCAUCUCGUGCCACGGAAAAGCAGCUGAUCAUUUGACAGAGGCUAUGAAGAAAACUGAGUGUGAGCAGGCCCGUCUCUCCAUGGAGCUGCAGAGGGACAGCCACAUCAAACAGCAGCGACUCAUCCAGGAGCGCUGGAAGAGAGAGGCCCGUCGUGAGGCAACAAAGGCCCGACCCGGCCAGGUGCAGCCCUCCGGCGGCCCUCACCUCCACACCCAGGCCACUCCCGCAGGCCAGUCCCAGUCCCACGGCAUCCCGGGGCUCUCAGCCGCAGAGCGCAGUGGAGUCAGGGAGAGAGAGUACGACACUUUACUCUACCAGCUCCAGACACGGCAGACUGGAGGCUGCCAGCCUGCCACUCCGCCGUGCCCGGGAUCUAAGACCACCAAAGACGACAAAACUCGCCUGGAAGAACAACAGACCACCAUAGAGGACCUGCGGCGCCUGGUCGAUCACCUGAUGGACGAAAACCAGCGACUGGUGGCUGACAACGAGCGACUUCAAUCUGAAAACGCCCGGCUCCGCUCAGAGGCGGCUGACGCUGCAGACUUUGUGGAGCGGUCGGAGCUCUGGGUGCUCCCGCAGGCAGGGGGGGCGAUGGGAACCGGGGGAGGGCAGGAGAGGAAAAGCACAGGGAAGGGGAAGGAGAUCGCAAUCCCUCAGCUUCCCCCGCUCGAGAUGCCGGCUCAGGAGGAUCUGUGUCUGGAUGACCUGCCCCCGUUGGAGCUUCCUGAGGACAUCCAGAAUGAACUACAGGAGCUACUGGACAGGGAUAAACUGUGAUAAGAGACAUGUCUCACACACACACACACACACACACACACACACACACACACACACACACACACACACACACACACACACACACACACACACACACACACACACACACACAGUUUGACAUGAAACCCACAGGAUCUGUCAGAUUAGACUUCCACUCAGCUUCAGGUCUGACACAGUCGUGAGUAGAGGUCUUAUCAGGCAGAUAAAGGGUUAACAUCUAGACCCCUAAUAGGACCUGACAUGAAGGUCCAGUUCAGCCACAGAUCCUGAGAGGUGCAGCCUCAGUGCAGAGUUCCGUGUGUCAGCACGUAGUGAACAAAGCAGCUCUACACACGUUAAAUAAAGUGGUGCAGGAGCUCCUGUAGUGUCCUCAUCUCACCGCCUCUCUCUGUUUGACCAAUGAGAGCCUGAGUCCAGGUCAUUCAAGGACAGCUGAGCUAUUUCCAUGGCAACAGAGUGAAGGCCAUGAGAUGCAGCUGAUGCAGGCGUCAGGAGGCGGACUUUAAUCUAUAGGAGCAGCUCAGGCAGCAGAGUGUCCGUGUGCUGAAGCUGAGCAGAGAUUCUUUACAUCAUUUAGAGCUUUCUGGAAACAAACAGCUGAACUGGAGAUGAUCCAGGAGUGAACGGGGGAUUUAAAGACAUACUGGGGAUUUGAUCAAGUGAAAGUAGACUUUGUUUUUGGGUUGUGCAUCAAUUCUGCUCUGAUCUGACUGUGAAAAUGACCGUAGGAAGCUUCUGUGUUAGGAGAAUAAUCAGCACAAGCUUUGCUUUGUUAAUUUUUUAACGUCUCGCCUUGUUUAAUUUUUGAUGGAUUUUUAUUCAUGUUUGUAAACCUUCAUUCAUCUCUCCUUAAAGGGUUAAGUUAAACAUCAAUGUGAAGCAUUAAAUCCUCAAUAAAAGAAAGCAAGUGAACUUCA